CUACCAUAUGUGACAUUCUCCAAAUAUAAUCUUUGCCCUUAUCAAACAUGGCUGCCACGACCUUCUCCAGGCUCCACCUCUUUGAAGCAGCAUAGGGGGAUGUUCUUAUCUAACUCUCCCAGCAUGGCCAGAACUGCUGCACACAUGUAGCUUCCCAUACUGUGGCAUCACAUGCUUGUAUGUCCUUGCAUAGUUAUGGCUGACAGAUGACAAUGCCUUGUGAUUAUCCAACUCCUGGCAUGCUCUGUGUGUUCAGGUCCCUGUGUUUGAAAGAGAAUCUGUCAAUACAAGAAAAGCAAUCUGCAAAGAGAAUUUUUGGCACUUACUCCAGAUCCUAGUCACUGCAGAAGGGCAAAGGUACAGUAGGGCACUAGACUGUAAAGGCUCAAAAGCAGGGCCCUCUCUCUAUAUUGUGUGAACAUGUAUCUAUAAUAUAUGUAUAUUUUUGUACUAGGUAGGUAUUUGUAACCUUGUGCUUUUAUAGUUUAUUAUGGAAUAUGCUGACAUAACAAAUAUUCAAUAAUUUAGCUGACUAGUGCAAGCAUGGCUUGUUGUGAUGUGAUUGGCCGUGGCAUAGCAGGUCACAUCUUAUUUUAUUAAUAACCGCUAGAUAUGAAGUAAGCACACACACACAGCACUAAGUCAUGGGUUUCUGCAAUCCUCCAACUGUUUAUGAUUUCAACUCCCAUCAGAGCCAUCAGAAUAGUAUUCUGGGUCCUGGGUGUUGUAGUCCAUAGCUGACCAACCCUGGAAGUCAUUUUGAGCCAAGUUGACAUUUGGUCACAUUUAUGUGCCCUUCUGACAGUCAUUAUGUAUUGACAUGGCUGUGCAUCAUGGGAAACAUAGUCAACAACAGUUGGCUAGCUGAAAGAAAUCUAUUUUUUUAGAAAGCUAUUCUCAGAGGUCAUAGAUGUACCUUUUGAUACUACAGUUUAGUGUGUUCUCUGUUGGCAUACCUUAAUUUUUAAUCUGUUUCUCUGAAAUAAGUUUAUUUAAAAAUUCUGCUGUCACCCUAGUGUUUUGAUGCCUCAAGAUAAUGACUUUUAACAACCUGAUCUUUGUAGAAUAUACAUGGGAAUUCUGAUUCACUAAAUGUUUUGACAUAGCAAAAGUCACUUUCAUCAUACUAACACUAAUAUUGCUUGCAUAGUUGCAUUAUAUCGUUAUUACAGAGCUGGGCCCACUACUAUUUCUAAUGUUGUAAUUAUGUGGGAUGUCACAAUGUAUCCUGUUUCGAGGUGAUGUAAACUGCAACUCCUAUCACUAUCGGCCAAGCUGUGACCGUGUCCUGCAGAAUUGUGUAAGCAUUGUCAUGGCAGUGUAAAGUCACUGCAUUCUGGGCACAGCAACACCACUGUCUCAUAAAAGCAACUUCAAAAGUGAAUACGCGCUAUUUUAAAAAGGAAUGGCAAUUUAUAUACUGACGGCUCUUUUAUUGGUUUUGGAAUAGCCUGCCAAAGCAUAAUCAGCCUAUUGUUAUUGUUCAAACUUGGUAAUACAAAAGUCUAUUUUCCUCAUUAUCUGUGCAGCUUUAAAGGGGCUGACAUUUUUUUUUUUUUCUUGUCUUAUUAUUAUUUAUUAUUUUUUUUUUCAAGUCAAUUGCAUUCAGUCUGCCUAUUAAGUAAUAUACUGUGUUCACGUACAACCUCACUAGUGUUAUUUUGGUAUCUGGGCUUCCUUGAUAUAUAUAUAUUUUUUUAAAUUCAUACUUCUAAUUGUUCAGAGAGCAAUACAAUCCUGACCCCAGCUGUCAUAAGGAUUGCAUUAGGUUUGCUCUUGUGCACACCCCCCACCCCACAUACACACAUGCUUGUAUUUCUGAGUGAAUCAUUGCUCAAAAUGGCUUCACUGACCCUAGCGAUAGUUUAUUUUUCUAUCAUUAACUCCUAGAAGGCAGGGUUAUGUAAUCCUGUAGAAAUUGGAAUUCAACUAAAAUAAAUACCAAUGCAAUAUUUGUUUUUAUUCAUUUUUAAUUCAGAAAAAUGAAGGAAAAAGAAGCAUUGAUCACUGGAACUACUGGUAUCACAUUAUCUCAACAGAUUAUUGCAUCAUCUACAGGAGCUCUGCUGACAUCUCUUUUUGGUAUGAAAUUAACAUAUAUUAAAAAUGUAAUAGGAUCGGUGUCCGUGCCAAAACUGAAAAUAUACUUGGCACCUAGUUGCAGUUAUAAUACUUUUAUCUAUGUAAAAAGUUGAAUGAAACCCUGCAGGCUCUCUACCUCAGUGUCCAUUUUGACUGUGACCUCUCUUUCACUCCCCACUUCCAUUCAAUAUCUAAAUCCUGCCACUUUUAUCUCAAAACCAUAGCUUGCAUCGGCUCCUUUACUACUCCUUCACUACGUUUACUACUGGAACCCUUUGUACUUUGGGAUUAAUUUAAAGUUUUUGCCUUUACCUUCACAUCUCUCCAUAAGAGUAGUCCAAACUACAUGAUUAUAUACUAACCAAUUAACUUCUCUCCUCUUUGUCUUCACUAACCCAAACUUCUCAGUUUUUGCUCAAUUCUUAUAUAGACUAUGCCUUGUUCACCCAUUGUACAUUGCGGUAAUAUAUGUUGAUUCUCCACUAAUAAUAAAAAUCUGAAAUGUACAAAUUAAUAGAUGCUUAAAAUGUCCUAAACUAUUAAUACAUGCCCUUUUCUUUUUAAUUAGUUACACCACUGGAUGUUGUGAAAAUUCGACUCCAGGCUCAAAGCAAGCCCUUCAUUAAAGGUAUAUCCAUUCUUUCCUUGUCUCUGUUGAGAAUUGUUUUAUUUUUAUGAUGUUCUUAAGAAACAACUUAGAAUCUGAUGUACUACGAUAGGAGUUCUAAAAUAUUUUUGACAGCAAGUAAAAUGAUGUACAUGACAUAGAUAUACUAAAAUAAAUUCUGCAUAAUCCUUUCAUUACACUUUUCCUAGCACCAAGAGGGAUUAUGCAGCACCGUGACUGCAAAUCAUUUGUGGCCAGUGUCACAACAUCACUAUUGAAGAUAUUUAAACAACUUUAAAUUUUGGAACUUAACACUAACUCUCUCAUUUAAUGUGCUUUGUCUUAUUUGAAUUUAUUGACAUCUUCAGUGGUGGAAUAUAUGCCAAACCCCUUUCCUUCUUUGCAAAGUUAAAAUGCCAUAAUUGCUGGAGCACCAAAUAUUAAUCAUUAGUCUAAAAUAAAUUGAAACAUCUAUACGAUGUACAGACCUGUCGCGACCAGCCAAGCAAACCAAGCAAUUGCCUGGGGCCCCAAGCAGGGCCAGCGCUUCCUAUCAGGCUGCAGCCGCCUGAGCGCUCUAUAGAGAGCCUCAGGCGGCUGCAGCACUGCCUCUCCCGUCACCUCCCCUUCCCUUUAACGUAGCCAAGCUCCUCUUCCUCCUGGCAGUCCAGGUACCGCGCGGUACAGGAGAUUCAGUUUCCUGUUCCCGGCCGGACUGACAGGAAGUGCAAAAGGGUGAGUAAUGUAACGUGCUGCGGAUUAAGCUGGCGCUAUAUAAAUACCAAUAACAAUUUGUUUUGUUUUUUGUCUUUUCUAUUAGGAAAAUGUUUUGUUUAUUGCAAUGGUUUAAUGGACCAUCUAUGUGUGUGCGUAAAUGGGAACAGCAAAGCUUGGUACAGGGCACCGGGUCAAUUCAGAGGAACUGCGGUAAGAUCUUUGUUACCCAGGACAUUGGGCAUACAUGUUUUCUUCAUUCCUUAUUGAAGAUAAAUAUUGAAUUUAAUCAAAGGGAAUGGUAUACUUGGAUUGAUUGAUUGAAAAGGGUAGAGUUGUGAGGAGAUGGAUGGCUGGUAGGAAUAAGGGAAAGCAGGAAAGGCCAAGACAAGGAUGGCUGAGAGUGAGAAAAUGGGGGAAUAAAUACAGUUGGGAUAAGAAGGAUAGCGGGAGGAACACUUGUUUGAUGCAAUUUAGCUUAGUGUAAUAUUUUAAUGACACUAUUUAUUAGAAUGUUUGUGUGGCAUUCUAGCUCAAUUGAAGCAACAAAGUCUGUUAUAAACAUAGAUAAAAAAAAAAAAAGUCUGUAGAGAAUGACCUUAUUAAGUAUAGCACUGUAAAUGAAGCUCUAAUGCCCUUUGCUUUGUAUGAAUAAGAUUACUAGAUGUAGGUUAAUACAGAUAGCUUUUCCUAUUGUGCUAUUAUUCCAAUAUGUUUGUAUUUUGAUACCUUGGUUUAUUGCCAGUCAUCUUUUACAUGAUGUGGCAGUUCACGGUAGUUAGUUAAAUAAACAUGCAAUGGAACACUUAGAUAAAUAUGUAAUAGAAGUGCACAAUUAUUUACCUGGCAAUAAUUCACCUGUAUAGAAUGUUGUGGAAAUUGAAAAUGUGCAGACAGACACAGUUCAUUUUUGUCUGAGUGUUGGCAAAACCUUCUUUUUUUAUUCAACUCAAAAACCAUAAGUGUACUUUUGUUGCCAACGGUUUAGACAUUAAUGGCUGUGUUGAGUUAUUUUGAGGGGACAGCAAUUUUACACUGUUAUACAGGCUGUACACUUACUACUUUACAUUGUAGCAGUGUAAUUUCUUCAGUGUUGUCACAUGAAAAGACAUAAUAAAAUAUUUAUAUUGGUCCUUUCUAUCAGGUGUAAUGCUUAAAUAAUUAAACUCUGGCAGGGUUAUUCGGUAAAGGGAGAAUUCAAACUGAAUUUAAAAUCUAAAUGACAAACUGGAUGCAUUAUCUAAGUCGGCCAUGCUUCAGUUCAGCUAGUCUGGCCUAAGCUUGAAAUUCACUUUGAAUUCUCACUUUAGUAAAUAACCCUGUUACUCUACUGUUUCCUGGUGAUAUUAUUGAGUUACCAUCCAACUAUUUUUCAUUUUGCAGGAUGCAUUUAUCCAAAUUAUCAGAAAUGAAGGAGUCAGGUCUUUAUGGAGUGGUCUUCCCCCAACACUGUAAGUGGUAUCUUUCAUUUUUUUUUUUUUGGUCUACCAUUUCUUUGUAAUACUCAAUGGUUAAACAAUGUGGGUGGCUGAAACGUACUUGCAAUCUCAGAAUCUGAAUGAAAUCGGUGGUGUUUGUUAGCCAACUAUAUUGGAGUUUAAAGGGUUACUCUUUUCAAUUUUCAUUGUAAUUGAUUUUAGGUUAUACUGCCCAAUGGGCACUAGUGAUUUUGCCCAGCUCCUUCACCGUUUAAAAAAAUAAAAAUUAAUUUUUUUAUUAUGUUUAGGUUAAACCUGUAAAAUAAAGAUAGCCCUUACCUAGAAUCCAGGGCCGGAUCUCUUUUCUCUCUGAUGACCACUCAAAGACUUCUCAUAGAUAAGAAUUUAAUUGUACUGAUCUCCUGGCUCUGACAUAGAAAACACAGGAAGCUGGGAGGGCUCAAAUAAGUGAGGGAGAGAGUGGGCGUACAAGCUCCCAUGCCGCCUACAAGGGUAGAAUCUGAUUGUUUGUUUGUUUUUGCACAGAAUUAAAGAUUAGAGAGUUCCAAUCAUGUGUGCCAGGCUUGCAUCUAACCCCUCGCACACAAGUGCAGAUAUCACUGUAUGUGCAGUAUUGCAACCGGAAAUGCUGCACAUACAAAUUCCUUGUUCCAUGACCGCUUAUAAAAGCAGGUUAUUAUGAGUUUGGAGUAACCCUUUAAAGGCAUGUGAAAAAAGUGAGUGCUGAAAAUAUCUAAACUACAUUUUGAAUGGUUUAAGGAGUAAUCUAAUGUUUACUGACUAUACAAUUGUGGCUGUAAUGCAUGCACAUUAUAUACCGGAAAUUGGCGGGUCAGCCUGUGCAUGAAAGCAUAUGUAUCAAACCUAGACUUUUAGCAUGAGCAAGAAAAAAAAUAAUAGUGCCACUGAAUCCUCAUAUAUAAUCUAAUUUGCAUAUAAGAUAAACUGAAAGUGAUAUGCUUGUUGGAUAAUGCACUGCACAGCUGUACCUUUUGGUUGUCUGCGCUGAUGGGACUUUAUGACUUUAAAGUAAACCAGAGCUGUUCAGGAAUGUGCCUUUGGAGCACCUGUAAUCUGUUUGAGUUUUCCUCUGUAGAAUGUCACUUUUUUUAGAUGAUGUUUUUACUGUCACUACAUCUUUAUAGGUUUGUGUUUCAUAUUAACAACACUACAAUGGUUACAUCCGUAAUUAAAUCUGCAUAUGUCUCCCUUAUCACAAGCCAAGAGUUACCAUCCAUUUCCAAGUUUCAUUGUUUUUCUGUUGUUGUUUCACAUUAAGUGUGAUUUGUGUUGGACUAGUGCCAGGGUUGGAGUCUUGGCAGGUGAAUUGGAAAAUUAAGACUUACGGAACAAAAUUAAAAUGUAAUUUAUCUUUUCUAUAUGACAGAAUUAUGGCAGUCCCUGCCACUGCGUUUUACUUCACAUUUUAUGACCAGCUACGGGAUAUUCUAAUUCCAAGAUUGCGAGGAAAUACAGAAACUGCUAGUCUUCUUGCUGGGGCAACGGCCAGAUGUGAGUCAUAUCACUGAGCCACUUAUGUGUUCUUUAGAAUAUCAAUAUUAGUAUGUGUAUGCAGCGACAUUUACUAUUUUUGUUUUUCAUUUUUAAUGUAAAAUUUGCUCAUCAUGAAUUGGCAUUGUAUCUUUUUGAAUGUCUUCUUUGCAAAUGCAGAUACAAUACAAAAAUCUUUUGAGGGCUGCUUAUAGGACAGCCCUGUGCUAAACCAUUAUUUCCUGAUUUUCAGUGGGUUCGGUGACUCUCAUUAGUCCACUAGAGUUAAUUCGGACAAAGAUGCAGUCCAGACCGUUGUCCUACAGAGAGUUGUGUCUGUGCAUCCAGAGUUCGGUUGUGAAGGAUGGCUGGCUGUCCCUGUGGAAAGGAUGGGGCCCUACAGUCUUGAGAGAUGUCCCAUUCUCUGGUAAGUUUAGUAUACAGCAAGAGUAGUAAACAGGUAAGAAUGAUGACAAAGUCAUAGAGAGAAGGCAUUUAGAAUUGCAGGUUCCUGUCUUGGCUGCAAAGCCACUUGAGGACCUGAAGUGAGCUGUCAUCAGAAUACUAAUGGAAUCUAGUUUGAUUCUCCCCUGACUUUCUAUGAGCUUAUCACCCUAAGCAGUGCUUUGUGGAUACAACAAGGAUUUCUACUGGAGUUUAACCAUCUGCUUUCUUUGUAACAUCAUCUAUUGCAGUAUUUUGUAAACGGAAAGGGAACUGCUGUAGGUUUGGUGGGAAGAUUGUAAAGCGGCAUGCUUAUGGAUCAAAACUAAUUAAAAAAAAAAAAAAAGGGAAUUUCUAUAAACCACUCAGCAUAACUAAGUUGAACCUAUACAUUCUCUUAACUUGUGUGAAAGGCUAUAAUGUCAUUGUUUAAUGUGAAAAGACACGGUGCUACAGGAACAGCUUUUCCUCUCGCUUGCCCCAUCCCCAGCUAAACAGGACCAGGGGAUUCCAACUUCCACACUUAUUAACUGGCAAGCUCUGUGGGACGGAAUGUGACGGAACAAUUCCUUUUGCAGGCGAUACUUUGGCAUCUAAUGUUUUUUUACAUUAAUUUAGGAAAGGGAAACCUGAAAACAUGUAAAAAUCAAACAGAGCACACGUUACACUGACCAGCCCCAAAAAUAUUUUAUUCUAUUAUUUUAUCAAUCAUUCCAGUGUAUGCCAGUUUUGCUGUUUGUUAGUUUUUUUAAUUUUAUUUAUUGCUGGAAUUUCACACUUUACCCAUGUUUUAUUAUUAUUUUUAUUUCAUACUACAUUACAAUGUUGUAAAAUGAAUCUGUGAAAAAAAAAAUAUUUUAUUUGUUUGCAUAAUAAAUAAAAAAUGCAAUGAAACCAAAAAUAAUUUAUUUAUUUAUUUAUUUAUUUUUUUAAGUUUCAAUUUUUUUUUAAUUUUUUUUUUAUUGAAAUCCCCUUUCUUCCAUCUCUUUCUUCCACUCCACCACCCUAAUUAAGUCCCUUGGUUACACAAUGGGAGUAUAGACAGAUCGAGAAUUUUCUUAUUGAGCGAGUAAAAUCAUGUCAGAUUUUUAUUCACAUCACAAAAAUACAUUUAUACCCAGGACCCUCCGUUAGUUUACAAACACAGAACAAGUAACUUUUUUUUGUUUGUUUUGCUGAACAGCUCUGUACUGGUUCAACUAUGAACUUGGAAAGAAAUGGCUGUGCCAAAAGUACAACUCUCCUGAGCCAACGUUUUCAAUCUAUUUUCUAGCUGGGGCUGUGUCUGGUUCAGUAAGUAAUUUUUUUACCAACCUUCAUUUUUUUUUUUCCUUUUAAAUUUUUAGGAGAUUGUAGAAAUCCAGAAUUUUUAAGCCACAGACUGUAAGAAGUCCUGAAAUUUCGGAACAGGCUCCUUAUAGUCCGCAAGCUGUAGAAAACAAUCUACAAUAACUUGCUUACUGUAAAUGUAAUCUUCCCCAUUGCAGUAGAGACCAGUAAAAAACUAAGGUGUUUUGUAGAAUGUGCUUUGUUUAUAUUCUAGUGCAAUUGAUGACUUGAGCUAUUUGUAAAAUCGAAAAUUGCUCCUUAAACUAAUGCUGUGCAUAUCACUGGGUAUCAUGGUGUUGACAUAAUCAAUUAAUUGGUGAUUAGUGUCUAAUGAAGUUCCACUUCUACAUUAGCAAUUUUAGCUUAAUUCUAAAGCAUACUGUGCUUUAAGAUUGUUUUGAGAAUAUUGACUGUGUGAGUCACAGUCAGGGGAGAUGUGGUUCGGGCUGCAAAACAGAAUGGCCAAGAGCAUGGCAGAGAAUUGAGAAGUGAGAGUGCAUGGGCAUGAUCUAUACACCAACACUGCCCCAUUACGUUGUUUUGGUGCUUCGAGUGCCACUUUAAUAUGAUCCUGUUAACUUAACAUUUGAUAUUCUCUAUGUCUUCUUUUCACAGAUUGCUUCGAUUGUAACAUUGCCUUUUGAUGUUGUAAAAACCAGAAGACAAAUUGAAGUUGGUGAACUUGAAGUGUUUAGUAGUAAGUGUGUGAAUCCCAUUCCUGUUUUAAAGUGACAGGCAAGCUCCCACAUGUUCAGUUCCUAGUAACAUAGAAUGUGACGGCAGAUAAGAACUAUUCGUCCCAUCUAGUCUGCCCAAUUUUCUAAAUCUGUUCAUUAGUCCCUGGCCUUAUCUUAUAUCUAGGAUAGCCUUAUGCCUAUCCCACACAUGCUUAAACUCUUUUGCUGUGUUAACCUCUACCACUUCAGCUGGAAGGCUAUUCCAUGCAUCCAUUACCUUCUCAGUAAAGUAAUACUUCCUGAUAUUAUUUUUAAACCUUUGCCCCUCUAAUUUAAGACUAUGUCCUCUUGUUGUGGUAGUUUUUCGUCUUUUAAAUAUAGUCUCCUAUAGUUAUUUCUCUUUAUGUAUUCAGAUGUUUCCUAUCCCCCCUGUCUCGUCUUACCUCCAAGCUAUACAUGUUAAGAUCCUUUAACCUUUCCUGGUAAGCUUUAUCCUGCAAUCCAUGAACCAGUUUAGUAGCCCUUCUCUGAACUCUUUCCAAAGUAUCAAUAUAGAAUUACAUAAAGUUGUGUGUGUGUGUGUGUAUUGUGACAAACUUACUUUCCUGUGUGUGUUUGUCCAGUAUCUUUUGGCAACCGCACAGCCCUCUAGGGUAAGAAAACCAGGUCAAGACAAAGUCCAGUUUCAAAAGGGCCUCUGGCCUGUUUAUUUUCUGUUGUUGUGAAGUAACAGGAUACAAUGAACAGCAAAUCUUCUUUCUCCACAAAACACUUUCUUUCUCCUCCAAAACACUUCCCUCACUUCACCCUGCUUUAACUGCAGUUAUAUAGCUGCUCACAGCCCCUACAGGUGAGGCUAAUGACCUCGUUAGGCAGUGAGCCAGAACUCUAAAGGAAACCUGGGCUGGACUCAUGCACAACCACUCUGACAGUGGGUGGAGAAUCGGCCCACCCUGCUCUUCCGAAUACUCCACCCCAGGGACCCAAAUAACAACAGAGGAAAAAACUACAUUUAAACUUAACUUUCCCUGGGGCUGCAUGUGCUUACCCACAUGUCAGGAUAGUGGCUGUGCAAAAGUCUGGGUGCCAGAUAUACACCCCUGACCACCAUCCCCAACACUCUGUUACAUAUCCUCCCCCCCAGCUCAGACCUAGUGGGGUGAGCGACCACAGAAAACAAAUUUUCUCGUGACAAACUGUCAGCAUUUCCAUGUUUAGACCCCGGCCUAUGUUCAACUGUAAAAUGAAAUGGUUGUAAACUGAGGAACCACCUUGUCACCCUGGCAUUAUUAUCUUUGUUUUGACUCAUCCAGGUUAAGGGGCAUGGUCUGUGACCAACCUAAAUUUUCUACCCAGCAGAUAAUAUUUCAAUGAGUCUAAGGCCCAUUUUAUGGCAAGGCAUUCCUUUUCCACUAUAGAAUAAUUUUUCUCAGCGGGAGUCAGCUUCCUACUUAAAUAAAACACUGGGUGUUCUUCACCCUGAAUUUCCUGAGACAGAACUGCCCCUAACCCAAGCUCUGAUGCAUCGGUUUGGACAAUAAACUCUUUAGUGAAAUCCGGGGUUACCAGAACCGGUUGGGUGCACAAAGCCUCUUUCAAAGUUACAAACGAUUUUUCUGCCUCUACUGACCACUUAACCACUAGUGGGGCUUUACCUUUUGUGAGAUCCGUUAAAGGAGCUGCUAAUGUAGCAAAACCAGGAAUAAAUCGCCUGUAAUACCCAAUAAGUCCCAAGAAAGUCCUAACUUGCUUUUUAGUGAGGGGGCGUGGCCAAUUUUGUAUGGCCUCCACUUUUGCUGUUUGGGGCUUAACUAGUCCUCUCCCAAUCGAAUAACCCAGAUAUUUUGCCUCUUCCAAACCUAUAGUACACUUAGAUGGGUUAGCAGUUAAACCAGCUAAGCGGAUAGAGUCCAGUACUGCCUGCACUUUGGGAAGAUGUGAAGCCCAGUCAGGACUGUGAAUGACUAUGUCAUCUAAGUAUGCGGCCGCAUAACGGCUGUGAGGCUUCAAAAUCCUAUCAAUCAGUCUCUGAAAAGUGGCAGGGGCCCCAUGUAACCCGAAUGGUAGCACCUUGUAUUGGAAUAAUCCCCCUGAUGUAGAAAAAGCUGUCUUUUCUUUUGCUCUGUCUGUAAGAGGUACUUGCCAAUAACCCUUCGUCAGGUCUAAAGUAGUCAGGUACCGAGCCUUACCCAGUCUCUCUAUCAGUUCAUCGACCCUAGGCAUUGGAUAAGCAUCAAACUUUGACACACUAUUUAAUUUACGAAAAUCAUUACAAAAUCUUAUCGAGCCAUCAGGUUUUGGCACCAGUACUAUAGGGCUGUUCCACUCGCUUUGGGAUUCCUCAAUAAUAUCAAGAUCUAACAUUUUCUUAAUUUCAGCAGUUACAGCCUCUUUCUGUGCUUCUGGGAUUCUGUAUGGUUUAAGGCUUAUCUUCACCCCUGGUUCUGUAACAAUAUCAUGCUUGAUAACGUUAGUCCUGCCCGGAACUACAGAAAAUACAUCCUGGUUUCUACCAAUGAAGUCCCUUACUUCCUGUUUCUGGUGGGGGGACAGGGUGUCUGGUAUAUUUACUUCAAGUUCACUACCAGUCUUAUCAGUGACAACUGAAGUAGUUAAGACCUCUCUGUCCUUCCAGGGUUUUAGUAAAUUAAUAUGAUAUAUUUGCUCAGGUUUCCUCCUAUCGGGUUGUCUCACUUUAUAAUUAACUUCUCCAACCUGUUCAAUAACCUCAUAUGGGCCAUGCCAAGAUGCUAGAAAUUUAUUUUCUACUGUAGGGACCAAAACAAGCACCCUGUCUCCUGGGUGAAAAACUCUCAGUCUGGCAUUUUUAUUAUAACUGUUUUUCUGGGCAUCUUGGGCUUUCUGCAUAUGUUCUUUAACUAUUGGCAUGACAGCCGCCAUCCUAUCUUGCAUUUGAGCUAUGUGCUCAAUUACACUACGGUACGGAUUGGAUUCCUGUUCCCAGGUUUCUUUUGCUAUAUCUAGUAGACCUCUGGGAUGAUGGGCAUAUAGAAGCUCAAAAGGAGAGAAGCCCGUAGAAGCUUGUGGCACCUCCCUUAUGGAGAACAUUAGAUAGGGUAGUAAGCAGUCCCAAUUCUUACCAUCUUUGUCAAUUACUUUUCUUAACAUACUUUUUAAGGUCUUGUUAAACCGUUCUACCAGUCCGUCUGUCUGGGGAUGAUAAACAGAAGUCCUAAGAUGUUUAAUUUGAAGUAGUUUGCAUAACUCCUUUGUAACUUUAGACAUAAAUGGUGUACCCUGAUCUGUCAAAAUUUCUUUUGGUAUGCCCACCCGGCUAAACAUGAGCAUGAGUUCUCUCGCUAUUGUCUUUGCAGAGGUGUUACGUAGGGGUAUUGCUUCUGGGUACUUGGUAGCAUAAUCCAGAAUCACCAAUAUAUACUGAUGCCCCCUUGCAGACUUUACCAGAGGACCCACCAAGUCCAUUGCAAUCCUCUCAAAAGGUAUUUCUAUUAUAGGCAAUGGUACCAGAGGACUGCGAUAUGCCUUAAAAGGGGCGGUGUGUUGGCAUUCAGGACAAGAAGAAUAAUAAUUUGCAACUGAAGCGAACACCCCAGGCCAGUAAAACCUCUGUAAGACUCUUUCUCUUGUUUUUUCUAUGCCUAAAUGUCCCCCCAGUAUAUGGCUGUGUGCAAGAUUUAGGACUGUAUGUCUGAAGGGCUUAGGAACAAGUAGUUGUUUUACAACAUCCAUCCCCUUUUUCUCUACUCUAUAGAUCAAAUCAUUCUGUACCUCAAAAUAAGGAAAAGAAGGGGCUCUAUCUAGUUGUACUGGAUCAUCAGUUGAAACCUGGAUAUUUUUUCGGGCCUCUGCAAGAGUGGGGUCUUCCCACUGCGCUUUCCUGAAGUUAACAGGACUGACUUCUAAUUCAGGGAAGUUAAUGCCUUGAUCCUGAUCGUUAUCGGUCUCCUGACUAUCGUGGCCCUGGUCAUCUCCUACUAAAGCUGGCCUGUGACUUGAGGCUUCAGCCUUCCCUGGUCUUAUGCCUAGUCCUUCCCAUUCUAUGUCAGAAAAAGGGAACACAUUUCUAGAAUCAUUUGCUAUACAAUCAUGAACUAUUUUUCCUGUAGACCCCCACAAGUCUAAAAAUUGGGGAAAAUCUCUUCCCAAUACCACAUCAUAAGCCAAUUUAUCCACUACACCCACUCUAUGAUUAACAGUACCGAAAAGGCUUUCAAAUUUUAGCAAAGCUGUAGGAUAUUCACGUUUGUCACCAUGAACACAAAUUAUACCAAUUUUCUGAAAUGCAUCAACAUCGGCUUCAGGUACAAGGCAUUUUGUUAUCAAUGUCGCCAUACUUCCGGAGUCUAAUAGAGCUCUAACCUCUUUCCCAUUCACCCUUAUGGAACAUAUCUGUGGAUUGUGACUACAGUUGGCAACAGCAGAUUCCAUACAAUUCAGCAAACAAGACAAUUGUACAUCCUGACUAAUCAUAUUGCAUUGCAUCGGUUCAUCAAUCAAGGGACAGUCUCUAGCUUUAUGUCCAGGUUCAUUACACCGGAAACAUUUCAUAUUAUCAACUGUCCCCCACCUAAACCCUUUUCCAGGAUUAACAUUUCUAGGCAUAAGCGUAUGGGGUCCCUGAGAAUAUGUCUCUUGUUCCUCUGUGUCUCUGAAAUCUUGAAAAAUCUUACCAGGUCUUUCAGGAGCUGGAGUCUUAACUCUCUGCUUAGCCUUUGUGUUGUUGAGCCACUGUCUGUCAUUUGCAGCCACAUAUCUUUCCACCAAACCAAUUAACUCAUCAGCUGUUUGUGGAUCACUCUGACUGACCCAUCGACGCAGUGAAGCAGGCAAGCCCCGCAGGAAUCUGUCCAUCACAAGAAGUUCCAUGAUAUGGCUUGCCGUAUUUAUUUCUGGUUGUAACCACUUUCUAGCCAGAUGUAUCAGGUCAAACAUCUGGGAGCGGAUAGGCUUCUCUUGGUUGAAAGUCCAGGCAUGAAAUCUUUGGGCACGAACUGCCAUAGUCACACCAAGUCGUGCAAGGAUCUCAGCCUUCAAUUUGGAGUAGACCCCUGCCUGUGCUGGUUCCAGGUCAUAGAAAGCCUUCUGGGGUUCUCCAAUAAGAAAAGGUGCCAGUAUGCUUGCCCACUCACUCACCGGCCACUCUUCUCUCUCAGCUGUCCUCUCAAAAGCUAGCAGGUAUGCUUCCACAUCAUCUGUAGGUGUCAUCUUCUGCAGGUAACGGCUGGCUCUGAUCAUUUUAACCUCGGACUGCGUCCCAUCCGAGACUCUGGUCAGUCCCUUGGUCAAAGCCUGUAUCUCCUUCUGUAUCAUACUGGUGGCCUGAUGUUGCUCCUCUCUGAGCAGGCGGUUUGCCUCAGCUUGGGCUGCCAUAACCUGCUGGAUCAAAGCAUCUGUGUUGGCCUUUUGCGUAAUUACCAGUUGCUGUAGGGCUGUAAUAUUUUCCUGUUGUGCAGCUGUAGCCUCCUGCUGUACGGCUGUAGCCUUUUGCUGUGCAGCUGUAGUUUGCAACAAGACUUUCACAACUUCCUCCAUAUUUCUACAGGCUUGUUUGGCUUCCAGUUAAUACCCACAGGCUUCUUUAGUGCAGUGCCCGCAUUCUCCACCAUAUGUGACAAACUUACUUUCCUGUGUGUGUUUGUCCAGUAUCUUUUGGCAACCGCACAGCCCUCUAGGGUAAGAAAACCAGGUCAAGACAAAGUCCAGUUUCAAAAAGGCCUCUGGCCUGUUUAUUUUCUGUUGUUGUGAAGUAACAGGAUACAAUGAACAGCAAAUCUUCUUUCUCCACAAAAACACCUUCUUUCUCCUCCAAAACACUUCCCUCACUUCACCCUGCUUUAACUGCAGUUAUAUAGCUGCUCACAGCCCCUACAGGUGAGGCUAAUGACCUCGUUAGGCAGUGAGCCAGAACUCUAUGGGAAACCUGGGCUGGACUCAUGCACAACCACUCUGACAGUGGGUGGAGAAUCGGCCCACCCUGCUCUUCCGAAUACUCCACCCCAGGGACCCAAAUAACAACAGAGGAAAAAACUACAUUUAAACUUAACUUUCCCUGGGGCUGCAUGUGCUUACCCACAUGUCAGGAUAGUGGCUGUGCAAAAGUCUGGGUGCCAGAUAUACACCCCUGACCACCAUCCCCAACACUCUGUUACAGUAUAUUAUAUAUCAUACAAGAUCUAGCGCACUCACUCUUUAAAGUGCUGCCUUUUUUCCGAUAAGCUCAGCAGUGUUUUAUAGAAAGUUUGAGCAACCACGAUUUACAUCUUUCUUUGUUUAGUGCCCACUGUGCACACUGCGUAGCUUUGUGUUUUGGAGCAAAUGCAGUCACUUUUACUGUGUUUGUUUUUUUGGGUGGAGAGGGGAAGGGUGCCAAAUCUGGCCCUGAGAGUCUGUUUUAAUUAUGACGAACAUUGUACUAAAUAUACCUGUAUAAAUGUGUUUUAUUUAUUCAGCUUCCCAGAAAAGAUCCACAUCAACAUGGAAGGUGAUGAAUACAAUACUGGCUGAGAAUGGGUUCAAUGGGCUGUUUGCUGGUUAGUUAUUUUUUUUUGAAUUUUAUUUUUUACUUUAUCUAUAAAUGAUUGCAUGACCCAUUCUGAUUUUUCGUAUAAUACUAUCAUUUUAAGAAAGGUUUAUUUUCCACUGCUGAUUUUAUAUUUUUGGACAUCUGAAUGCAGCACUGGGAGUUUUUAUUAACAAAUAAAAUAAAUAAAAGACAUUUAUAUCUUGGAUGGUAAUUAGUCUUAUAAUUCUCCAUGCAAUCUUUGAAAAAAGUGGUUGUGGCGGACCGCCUGGGUACCUCCGCCAAUCUCGCUUCCUAGUGCUCACCAAGUACUAUAAGCACCGCACCGGACACCAUAACCACUGUAGCCCCCUUAGCUGCCGCAGCUUGGCUGUGGCCUCGCAGUCCCUUACCACCCUGGACUAACAGCUAGAUCCAUCUCCCAGUGGGAAGACCUCCCCUCCAAGAGAGUAUAGCAGAUAUAGUAAUCCAAAGAGCAGUAUAGCAAUCCCACUGCCUCCCCCCACCCAUGAGCCAAGGCUUAAUGCUGGGAAGUAGUCUCUUCAUUAGAGGUCACAAACGGUCUUUUAUGCAAACCCCAUGCAAGGGGUUUCAUAUACAAAACAGGGUAAUCCCUCCCCUGUGCCUGAGAGAUAAUUGAGUCAGGAACUGAACAAACUAAAUUAUCUCCAGGCACAGAAAACACACAUUUUACAGACACCCCAAAAGUACCCCCAAAACACAUGAAAACCCCACAAAAGUAACAAGUAACUGGUAGCCCUUAUCUGUGACCAACAUAUCCAAAAAUCACGUUUUUUGGUAGGUGUAAGUUGAAAAAUGUAUCAGCAGCUUUAUUAUAAAAAGGUGAACAAUCACCAUCAGCUUUAAAUAUAAAAUUGAGGACUAUAGGUCCUACGCGUUUCAUUCCAACAGGGGAACUUUCUCAGGGACCAAAUGGCAGUGAUAUUACAACAAUAAAACCAAAUAUAACAAAGAUAAUAACCCCUUUUAUGAGUCUCUAUUUAUAGGGCUAAUCCCUGUGUCCAUUGGUGGAUCCGUGGGCCGUCGCUCCUUGAAUCCCAUAGGUGCAAGUGCAGUACCUGUUCAGGUGUAAACCUUCAUCCAAUCUUCCACCCGAUCAAAUUAGACCCUUAGAUUCAAGGGUUUGGAGUCUAUGGAUCCAAAAUGUCUCACUGAGCCAAUUUAUUUAUUUCGUCACCUCCUCGCCAAUGUGGUAAAACCCUUUCAAUCCCUAUACACCUAAAAUUUUUAAAUGAAAAGGAAGGGCAGGUAUUACAAUGGACUGGGACAGAGUGGUUAGUAAGUUUCUUUUUUUAUAUUAUUCAGAUGUUCAACUAUCCUUACUUUCAAGACUCUUUUGGUGCGUCCGACAUAUUGUUUGCCACACGGACAUUGCAGUACAUACACUACAAAAUCCGUGUGGCAACCUAUCUCAGAUUUAAUUUUAAACACGUCACCUGUUAUACAACUUGAAAAAGCUUUGGUCCUGUCAAUCAAUACAGUGCAUGAACCACAACCUCUAAAUGUUCCCGGUUGGGUUAAAAUAUUGUCUUGAGUAAUAUCAUCUCCUGGUAUAAACAUGCAUUUGGAUUUGGGAUUAUGUUGGGAGCACUAUAACAUUCUCUAAGAAUGUUUUUUUUUUUUUUUUUUUUUUAAAUAAUUUUUAUAAAGUGUCAUGGCAGCCAGCAUGGACACAGAAGAGAGCAAAGUUGGAAACAAUGUGUUAAGAGUCACUUAAUUGAAACCAUAUUAAACUUUUAAAAUAUAUGUUGUCCAUCUACUGUGUAUUAUAUAUAUGUAUAUUACCCAGGGUACCCAGCCAUCAGGUUUAUAUGGGAACUCUGAUUUAGCUACUGUUUUAAUCCUGUGCUACACCACAGAGCAUAAACUUCUCCUCUUAAGCUAAAGGAAAGAUAGGCAUUGUGCCCAAUAGUAACGCCACCCUGGCAGGGUUGUAUUAGCAAGUUCCUGUGUAACUUAAACAAAGAUAAAUAAAAAUGACACAGAUUGAGCAAGCUGUAAUGUUAUAUUUUGAGGGAUGUUGGGCAUAUAAAACGUACAAUCCAUAAGCCUUGUUGGGAUGAUGAUGAUGAUUAUAUCCUCUGCAUUUAUUGGGUUAAAUGUCACAGAUUAUUUUGAUGAGUGCUCUGAAUUAUCAAUGUGUAAUGACUCACUGCCUUUCUCAGGGAAUGCCUGAUUGCAGUAUUAAUAUUUUGUUUGUGUGAUUUAUUCAUUCUUGUUUUUUUUUUUUUUUUCUCUUUAAAGGUUUAAUUCCUCGUCUAAUUAAAGUAGCGCCUGCCUGUGCUGUAAUGAUCAGCACCUAUGAAUUUGGGAAAACUUUUUUCCGCAAGUUAAACAAAGAAAAACAGUUGAAAACGCCGUGAUUUUGACACGUUCUCUCAUUCCUGUUUAUUGUUCUGAUUUACGGAGAGCAAGACAGACAGAGCUUUGCCUAAAUCUUAAAUGGGAUAACUCUGUGCAUUAGUCCACACAAUGGGCAGGAUCAGACUGUGAUCAGAUAAACCAAGAGAAGAGUGUACUGUAGGUACCAACGUAAGAACAUUUUAAUGUACACAUAGUAACCCAAACACUAUAUUUAACCAUUCAAGUGACCCAUAUAGGAAUAGAAAUGAUGAUUUAAAGAACUGUGAUGGCUUACACCACAUAUUACCUAUGUUAUUUAUCUAGGUAAAUAGAAUAGAAUCUGCAACUGGUCCUAUAGUAAGGUUAUAGUAAUUAUAGAUACCAAACUCUGUAUUUUAAUUGGGGUCAAUUAGUUUGGUUAACAAAACCGCACAGAAAUCUUUUAGCUUAUACUAUGGGGGCAGAGAUGCUCAAAUUGUAGUAUAUGCAUAUUUUUGGACCAUCGUUCUGUUAAUAACCGGAGUAUUAAAACAUAAAAUGCCAAGGAGUAUUGUACAAAUGACAUAUGAUGCAAAUCUAGAGUUACCCUUAAGUAACCGUGGGGGGCAUUAUAAAACUGUAACAUUAAUAAAUUGUUAUAUAUUACUUACAGCUUUUCAGAAAAUAAAUGUAUCUGUAAAUUAAUUAUAUUGGAAACCUAUGCAAUUCAUGGCUGGGUUUCAAAGAACUAAUUUAAGAGGAAGUAAUUUUUGUGCUUACAAUGCCCCUUUAAUAUAAAUAUAUUUCAUAUAAAUUGUGACACAAAAUAAUUAUUGUGUAUUUAAAAGUUAUUUUGUAUUCUAAAAUACUGGCAUUCUGACAGCAGUAAGACUUAGGUAAGGAGAAACAUAUACAUUUGACAGAGAUCCUGUACUCCAUCUGAGUACCUCCAUCAAAGUUCCCCUUAUUCUGGAGUAGAAUCGUUGAAGUUAUUAUAGAGCUUCCACAAACAUCAACUGAGCCUGAUGGAGGAAAACAGACAUGCCUUAUUGUCGCAACUCACAAGUAUGUAAUUCAACAUCCCACCCCGGCCCCUCAGUGUCUGAUAUAUAACUCUAUAAACACAGACAGGAUAACUUAAUUAACUAUCAGACACCAGGGUGCCUUACAGUAGCAUUCCCAAAACAUGGUGUUCCCCUCAUGUAACAUUAAUAUAUUCUACAUCCCCGGAUUGUGCUAGUUCUCAAGCUUAAAAUGUCCAAAAAGCAUCCACAUCAAAGUCCCCUAGCCCGAGUAAUCCUCAUGUAAAGUUUGACCAGGCUGUGGCUAACCUCUGAUCCGACGCCGAGUUCCAGGCUGCUGCUGAGUAGGUACCAGAGGAAUAGUAAGUCCCUGGAGAUUUGUAUGUAGUGUAAAUUAUAUAUAACAAGGAACUGGGCAGUAACAUAAUUUUUCGAGCUGGUGGGAAAUGCCUUAAGAUUAAUUUUCAAUAAAAAUACGAAUUAAUAUAUUGGAUAUUAUAGAUUUUAAUAAUUACAUUUCACGGUCCACCUGUGCAGAAAUACUGUCACAGUUUAUGCUCAGUGAUGCAGUGGACCUGUUGAUAACUGUGUACUUUGGCGGGCUGGGGGCUAUUUAUUUGUUAUUUUGUAAAUCAUUAGAAGUGCCAAAAUAGCUACAAAAGCGAUUAUAGUAUGCUUUGAAUUGAGUGUAUUUGUAAUUCCAACAAAUGUGUGAUGCAAAACAUGAAACCAAUAUUAUUCAUAUGUAUUCCAGCACUGGCCAUUGGAAACUGUACAAUUGUGUUUAAAAAUAAUAAAUAUAUUGCAUUACCAUUUUGUAUACAGAACAAAUAUAAAAACAAUACUUUCUGAACUCCCCUUGUUUGCUGCUGCUCCUAUAACCUAUAAACAUCUACUCAGCAAAGGUUUCAUGAAGUUGUAUUUUAAUAAUCACGAGUAGUUUUAUCCAUGAAGCCAUACAUUAAACUACUACGCAAACAAAGAGAACUCUAAGCCUUAAUAUAGGCUGUCUUGGAGAGCUGUGAUGAAGCCUGCAAAUUGUACUUGUAAAGUCGCACUCGGUAAAAGGACAUAAAAAAGUAUAAACCAAACAGUAUAUUGUGCCAUUUAUUGAUGAGUUGCCGAGAUUUCUAAUUGGAAAUGAAAGGUUUGCAAGCAUUGAAGCGGUGUUUUUAUGUAGGGUGCAAAAAUGUAAUGUUAAAAAUAUAAUUUUUUUUUUUUUUUUAAAUGGAACUUGCUCAAUGUGUGACUCAUGUCAUGUUACAGGUAUUUUUAUUCUAUUAAAUUAAGUCUUAACCUAUGCAAUCAAAAUAUAUUUUUAAUAUUUAUUUUAAAACUCUGGUUUGUUUGUUUUUGAAAUUCUGUGUAAUUAAAAGCCAUGGUUUGUACUUGUUCCCGCAAUGAAAUUAAUAUGUAUUGUAUGUCAACUUCAGGACCUGAUAAAGUCUCUUUUCUUAA